AUGAGUUGGUCACUUGGGGCAACACUUUCAUUUCAGACGGGCACUUGUGUAAGAAUUGAAGCUGGAGAAAACUUUAGCCAGUUUCCAUUCAAGGUUGUGGUUCUGAAGCUGGAUCUGCACGACGACAGAGACAAGCAGAGAGCGAUGAAGAGAGUCACCGGGAUUUCCGGGGUCGACUCGGUGUCGAUGGACAUGAAAGACAUGAAGAUGACGGUGGUCGGAAACGUGGAUCCGGUCCAAAUCGUGAGCAAGCUGAGGAAGCUGUUCCCGACGGAGGUGGUGUCGGUGGGACCGCCGAAGCAGCCGGAGAAGAAGAAGGAAGAAGCGCCGCCGCCGGCGGCGGCGAAGAAAGCAGAGGAAGGAAAAGACAAGAAGAACCCCGAGGCGCCUCCUCCUCCUGUUAUCUCCUACUACCCUCCCCAAGUCAACGGCGGUUACUAUAAUUACAAUCAUUACCCUUAUCAGCAGCAGAAGGGGUACGGCAAUUACCCUUACCACCAGUACGGCGGCGCCGCCCAAGUCGUCGGCGACGAUCCGAAUUCUUGCGUCAUUUGUUAGAUUGGAGAUCAAUUGCGUACAACGAAGAGUAAGGGCCGCCCCAAUUGGAGAUCAAUUAUGUAUAUAUCGAUGGUUAUUCGGGGAUGUGGAGGCUGUAACUAAGCUGAUAGUUACGGGGACUACAGUAAUUUUUUUUUCCCUUUUUUGGUUAUCGGUGACGAGCCGAAAUUUAAUUUCUUUGAAUUGAAGUGAAAUGAAGCUUAAAUCGGU